AUGGAGGCCGUGGCGAAAAUACCUGAAACAUCCCUCUGGGCGAAUCGAAAAUGCUUACUCAUAUGUGCUAUUGUUGCAAUAGCAAAUAUGCAGUAUGGGCUUGACUCAGCGGCAAUAGGAUCCUUACAGGCAAUGCCUGGAUUUCUUGAAGUGUUUGGUUACAAAGAUCCUAGCCAGCCAAGUGGUUAUGCGAUAGAGGGGACAUUCCAGCGACUAAUUGGCUCGCUUCUUACACUGGGUGCUUUCCUAUCCUCCCUCAUUGCUGGGGCAUUUGCCCAUUUCUUCGGCCGAAAGGUUGCGUUGUGGCUUGCAUGUGUUUUGAACGCGGUUGCGUGCAUCAUACAAAUCUCUACAACAGACAAAGCUGCCGUUUAUGUCGGCCGACUUGUCCUUGGGUUGGCCAAUGGCUUCCUAGUAACUUUCUCGAACAUUUAUGCAGCUCCAGCCCACCUUCGCGCCGUCAUGGUAGCUCUCUUUUCGGAAUGGGUUAAUAUUGGAAGUAUUAUAGGGGCUGCGGUAACCAACGCCACCAAGAACCGACUAGAUAAGGCUUCCUACCAAAUUCCACUCGGAACCCUUUUCAUCGUUCCGGCAUUCCUGACUAUCGGACUCUUCUUCGUACCCGAGUCGCCCCGUUAUUUGCUAUAUAAGGGGGAUAGCGAGACGGCAAGACGAUCACUCAAAAGUUUAAGAGGGGACUCGUUAUCUCCCGAAGACCUUGAGCUUGAAUGGGUUGAAAUGGUCAAGGGUAUCGAAGAGGAAAAGCAUACAGCUAGUACAAUUGGGCCACUAGACAUGUUCAGAGGGACUGAACUAAGGCGUACACUUUUAUGUUAUGGUAUCAUUGCUACUCAAACCGGCGCAGGCUCGUGGUUUAUCAUCAGCUACUCAACUUAUUUCAUGAUCGUGGCAGGACUAUCCGUCGACGACGCCUUCAAGUUUUCGGUUAUGAACACUUGUUUAGGCUUCAUCGGUGUCAACGUCGGGAUGUAUCUGAUGCGCCACGUUCUGGGUAGGAGAUCGGUUUUAAUGAUAGGUGCAGUCACUCAAGGUUUCGCGAUGCUUGGAAUGGCCGUUUCGGCAACUGUUGCCUAUGGUACACUCCCAGCUCGCAAUUGUGUCAUUGCGUUUACUGCCCUCUACCAAUUCUGCUACAAUGCAUUUGUUGGUGACGCCACAUAUCCAACGGCAACGGAAAUGGUGAGCACAAGAUUGAGAUCAUGGUCUGUCGGAUCAGCUAUCAGUUUGGGAUACUUCCUCGCAUGGCUUACGGGAUUUUGCUCUCCAUAUUUCAUCAACCCAGGUGACCUCAAUUGGGGAGCGAAAUAUGCAUACAUAUGGGCCGGGUCAAAUCUUUGUUGCUUGGUGUUCUUCUAUCUGUGCGUUCCGGAGACUAAAGGGAGAACGCUGGAGGAAAUUGAUGAACUCUUCGCAAACCGCGUUUCCGUCCGUAACUUCAAGACCUUCAAGACGACGAUCGUUACCGAGGCUUUGAAGGAUGUCGGAGGCCGUAUUCCAGGAUCAGACAAGUUGGCUACCGCAGAGCAUGUCGACAAGGCCUAA